GAAGAAGAAGAAGAAGAAGACAUCCACCGAUAAUAACAUGCAGAGAGAGAUUAUCUUUUCUCAAGCCAGCAGGUAGAGUUUAUUAGAGUAUAUUUAGUAUAAUAGUCUAUAUUUAUAACACAAUGCUAAUCAACAUGCAUCACUCAGCAGAAUACUAUAAAAUAAUGUAUUUUCUGUCUCUUUUUUGUUCUGAGGCCACAUCUGAUCACAGAAGAUUGUUUAAAACAUCGACUUCAUUAGAAUAUGAUUAAAGAGGAGGAGGAGAGUGAAGAACUGAGUGAAGUGGAGGAGAAACAUCAUGUCAAACCUGGAGAAAAACCUUUGAGUCGCUCAAAGACUAAAAAGACGUUUUUAAAGGAAAGAAGAACCAAGAAAUCUACAACCUGCACUCAGUGUGGAAAGAGUUUCUCAAACAAACAAAAUCUUAAGCGUCACAUGAGGAUCCACACUGGAGAGAAGCCAUAUGUAUGCAGACAAUGUGGAAACAGUUUCCCAUACAAACAAAGUCUUGAUGUUCACAUGAGGAUGCACACUGGAGAGAGAUCGUUCACAUGUGAUCAAUGUGGGAAAACAUUUAAUAAUGCAUCAAGCCUGAAGACACACCUGAGAGUUCAUACAAAGGAGAAGCCACAUUCAUGUUCUGUGUGUGGAAAGAGUUUUUCACAGCUGUCAUAUUUAAAAGCACAUCAGAAAAGAGAGUACAUGUGCUUAGAGUGUAUGAAGAUUUUUAUUACAGCAAACUGUUUAAAACGGCACCAGAGGAUUCACACUGGAGAAAAACCUUACAAGUGUUCACACUGUGACAAGAGAUUCAUUCAGUCAGACAAUCUGAAAAUACACAUGAGGAUCCACACUGGAGAAAAACCUUACAAGUGUUCACACUGUGACAAGAGAUUCAAUGUGUCAUCAUCUCUGAAAAAACAUGAGAAGAUCCACACUGGAGAAAAACCUUACAAGUGUUCACACUGCGACAAGAGAUUCAAUCAAUCAUCAAAUCUGAAAACACAUGAGAAGAUCCACAGCAAAAAGAAGCUGCACACUUAAGUUAGGGCUGGACAAUUAUGACCUGAAAUCAAAACCUCAAUUAAUUGAACAUUUUACCUCAAUUGCGAUUAAUGAACGAUUAUUUUGUUUCUGGGUUUUCUUUUGUUUUUUGCCCACAGUUCACUUUCAAGGUUUGUUCUGUAAAUAUGCUUGACUAAUAAAGGUGGGAUAUUGUUUCCUAUUGAAAGAGUGAUCUGA